AUCAAAAGACCAAAGCAAGAAGGAGCAGUCGUUAAAAGUGCUCGACUCCCAGGGAAACUAUUGUAAGAGCACAAUUCCCGGAGUGACGUCAUCUUUCACGACUGUCGACCUUAUUUGUUGGGCUUGGCAAGUGGCUGAGGGCAUGGACUACUUGACCCGCAGAAAGGUUUUACAUGGAGAUUUAGCAGCAAGAAACCUGCUUCUGGCUGAGGCCAAUGUUGUGAAGAUCAGCGACUUUGGCCUCUCAAGAGACAUCUAUAAAGACGACAUAUACCUUAAACAAACCAAUGAUCUCUUGCCAGUGAAGUGGAUGUCAAUUGAAGCCAUCCGUGACAAGAUGUUUUCCAUCCAGAGCGACGUCUGGUCUUUUGGAGUGACUCUAUGGGAACUCUUCAGUUUGGGGUCUACUCCAUAUCCAGGGGUCAAAAUUGACCGCACAUUCUUACUGAGUCUACAGGAUGGGUACCGAAUGGAGAAACCUGAAUACGCAAACAAUGACCUAUACAAAAUCAUGUGCCAAUGCUGGGAGAGCGUCCCUCAAGAUCGGCCUUCCUUUCGACAUUUGGCCGACAAACUCAGCAAGUUGUUGAUGCCUGAGACUACUCAGUACUUCAGCAUCAAGAAUGGAGAGUACCUGAACAUGAAUAAGGAGCGUUUUAAGCACGAGACAGAUUACUUGGAGAUGGUGGCAUCACCUGACAUCAGGCACAUCACCAGAGAUGGAGAGUCGAAAUGUGAGGACGGUGUACAUGGGACAGGAAAAACGAACCAUGAUCUUCAGAUGCUUACUGAAAGCACAACAUCUGAUCCAGACCAGAGGACAGGAUAUCUUCCUAUGUCAUCAGGCACACGCUCAUCUAGGUCUUCCUCCGACAUAUUCAGCCCAACAAUGAAUGUGAUCACUUCUGAUGAAGAGGCUCCAAGGAGAAGAUCGAAUUCUGCUCGAAACUUUGCGGAGGUAUAA